GUAUAUAUCCAAAGCGGCACAAGGUGUUCUCGCUUCAGUAGGGUGUUCGAGCAUCGUGUAGGGGGUGAAAAAUUUCGCGGAGGGGUCUUUUAAAAAAAAGUUUGUUCACUCUCUCUCUCGCUGAGAGUCAGCGGCGAUGGCGUCCGACGGGUGGGCAAAGAAGCUGCACUGCGUCCUACUCGUAGCAAUCGUCGGCUGGACAAACCUUGGUGCAAACGCGGCUCAAACUACCACUUGCCCAGGGCCGUCGAAUCUCAGUGUUCAGAAGUUGGCCGUCAAUACCGCCGAUUUGCGAUGGGACGUGACCAAGUACAUCUCCAACCCGAUCCACUGCGUGUGCAACGACCGAAAUGACGUGACGGAGUACUGCAACGAAAGCGUCGUUCCCAAGACGUGCAUCAAGUCUCUCGGGGGAUACGUGAGGCAGGUGCCGAGCCUCAGCGUCUACACAAACUACACCUUCUGCGUCCAGACCCAGUGCGCCGACUCCAACUACUCGCUUCCCGUGUGCACCAAGUACACAACGUCGCCGGCAGCGCCUAGCGCGCCGUACCAGAUCUUUGCGGACAAGCAGAGUCCGUCGUCGCUGGACAUAUCUUGGAGGUUUCCUACCGUUCUCAAUGGACCCCUGGACGGCUACAAGAUCCGCUGGUGCUACGCGCCGCAGUGCACUUCGUUUACCGAGGAACACCUCGAAGGGGCAAACAAGAGCAGAAGCUACAGGAUCACGGGGCUGGAGCCUUACAAGGAGUAUCAGGUGUACGUGUCCGCCUACAACGUGGACAACGGAAAGUACCUGUAUGGCGCCGAAGCGUCCGUGAAGGACUUCACCUUGCCGACGUACCCGAGCAGCCCUUCGAUGACCUUCACCAAGGUGUCCACCAGCCAGGUGAACGUGCUCAUCAGCGUUCCCAAGUACCCCAACGGCCCGAUCACGGGCUACGUCCUGCGCUGGUGCCCCAAGCGUCGUUGCUACGGCUCGAACGUGGGCGAGCGCGAGAUCCUCCAGUCCAACGCCGGCACCCAAGCCGUCACGGGUCUCAAGUUCUGGACCGAGUACGUCUUCUCCGUGUCCGCCUUCAACCUCCUGCCGACCGACAACGCCAGGAUUUACAGCGACGUGGUUAACGACAGCGUCAUCACCAUGCCUUUCUCUCCGGCCGGGCCCCAGCCGUUCAAGGUGGUGGCUCUGAGCGCCACAUCCGUGAAGCUUUCCUGGGAAGCGCCAGUGAAUCCGGACGUGACGCCGUCUCACUACCGUCUCUUCUGGUGCACAAAGGACAACAGGUUCUGCUUUAACGCCGACGUCGGGAACGUGCGCGAGGCGGUCAUCUCGCCGCUGGCCCCCUGGACGACGUACACCUUCAUGAUCAAGGCCCUGGUGCAGUUCACUGGACCCUGGCUGAACAGUCAAGUGUCCACCGUCACGGGGAGGACGUGGGCUGCAGAACCGAGCCGUCCGACCAGCCUGCUGGUCACCAAGCAGCAAGCGACGACCGUCGACGUCUCCUGGCAGAUGCCUCGGGACCCGGUGGGUCCCCUGGACGGCUUCCGGAUCCGCAUCUGUCCAGAGCUGGGGACCUGUCCUCCGAUGGGACUCAUCUCGAGGUACAAGACCCUCAACAGCAAGACGCUGACCCACAGCUUCUACGGGCUCGAGGCGUACACGAACUACCAGGUCCAAGUCCGGGCCUUCAACUCGCUGCCCAACGGAGAAACCGCAGAAGGAGACGUCGCGGUUGUUGCCGUCACAACGGCCCCCAGCAGUCCGAGCCAGCCCACCCGACUCCAGGUGAAAGCGCUCAACAGCUCAGCUCUCGGGGUCACCUGGCGCCCACCGAGCCAUCCCAACGGACCGGUGAAGGGUUACCAAGUGACCUGGUGGAAGACAGGAGGCACCUCGACGGACGACAUUGAAGACAGGCUCAACAACAAAACUGUGUUCCUGCCAGGAGAGGCGUCCAGCUUCACUAUUACGCACCUCGAGGCUUACAAGACCUACGCCGUCCAGGUAGCCAGGAUCAACGGCGACCGCAAUAGUACUUGGGAUGGAGCUGCGGCUCACGCUGAAGGAAUCACCGACCCCGAGCCCUGCCCACCUCCUACUCAACUUUCGGCAACCGCUGUGAAGGUUAAUGCUACUUCUUCGAAAGCGGUGAUCAACUGGGCACCUCCUAACGGAACGUUUGACCCUCCUAUCCAAGGAUACUACGUUCAUAUCUGCAAGAUCGAAGUAAAUCGCGGAAUUCUCGCGGAAGGAAAGUGCCAGUAUUCGAACACGUCCGAAAGCGUCUUCACGUUCACCUUCGAAGGACUGGAGAAUCUUGCAGACUAUGGCGUGGUGGUGAGGGCCUAUGUUCUCCACGACGGCAGGUACAUCGAAGGGAACGAAGCCACAGAGUUCGUCGCCACCGAGGCUCCACCGAUACCGACUGUGGCCAACUUGAACUACACGGCUUCAAACGGGAGCGCCGUGACCCUGUCGUGGAGCAGAGUCACCGGACUAGAACAAUACAGUGUCUUGUACAACGUGGCCCUCUACUUAACAGAAGAUGACACGCUGAUCUUCAGCCAGAACGUUAACGGAACCGAUGUUAGCUUCGACGCGCUAAAACCCUGGACUCAGUAUACAGUUCGAGUGUCCGCCUGCCUACCUCGAUCGACCAAGUUACAGUGCGGGGACCCCGGUGUUCUUAGGUUCGAAACACCGCCAACAGGGCCAAGUAAAGUGACUGAACUGGAGGUGAGCGUGGUGAACAGCACAUCCCUUAAGCUCAAGUGGGAGGCACCGAGCGACACCAACGGACCCCUGAGUGGGUACCAACUCACCUGGUGGAAGACAUCGGAAAACCCAUCCCUCGAUGUCCAAGAAAGGCUCAACAACAAAACCGUUCUGCUUUCCCACGAUGCUAGAAGCUUCCUCCUUGUUGAACUGGAUACGUACACAACUUACGCUAUCGAAGUCGUGGCGAUCAACGUGGUAGGGAGCACCACUUGGAAAGGCCUCGCCGCCCGAGUGAAGAGAACGACGGAUCCGUCGCCUAGCCCUCAACCCUCAGAUCUUUCGAUCGAGCGAAUCAACGUACAUUUUAGCUCGUGCGACAUCAGUCUGCGCUGGGGUCCCCCCAACGGAACUCUCGACGCGCCGAUUCAAGGAUAUCUUGUUCGCUUGUGCCAGGCCCAAAACGAAACUAAGUGUUUAACCCAAAACACGACAGAGAAAGAGUUCAGCAUCACCUUCGAAGGCGUAAACACUUUCACCGAGUAUGUUGCGGAGGUUAGGGCCUACAUCCGACACAAAACCCGAAUUAUCGUUGGCGAAGCUGCCUUUACUUCCAUCACGAUUGACUCAGGAACCAUACCGACCGUCGAUAACGUAAAUGUUGCAGCAAUUAACCAAAGCUUUGUAAGAGUUUCUUGGAAUGAGGUUAAUGGUCUGAGGGACGUCAGGUAUGCCUACAACGUGAGAGUUUACCUGGUGUCGAAUCAGACGAUGAUAAGGCAAGAUUAUGUUGAGGAUGCAGAGUGGGUGUCAUCAGACCUCCCUCAGCGGUCCAACUACACCAUUACGGUGGCUGUCUGCAUCCUGCGUGGCCACGGUGAGCAGUGCGGAGAAGCCACUGCAACGGAAUUCACUUCAUCCGGCGUGGACCACAAGGAACUAAUUGGUAUUCAAGCAAGCGUGGUCAACAGCACAGCGAUUCAAGUCACAUGGAACAGCCCCAAGGACCCAACAGGAAAGGUAGAAGACUAUCGAAUUACGUGGUGGAAGACGGGAGAAACCUCUGUGAGCGGGACUGGCGUGAUGGUUCCAGAGGACACCGAGACAUUCAUCAUAUCCGAGCUAGAUUCCUAUGAAUCUUACAUCAUCCAGAUUACUAGCACCAAUGGGGAUGUCCUUGGAGUUGUGUCUGGAGUUAAGACAGACCCUUCACCGAGUCCUCGGCCGCCCGGACUGGUUCUCAAGACAAUGGAAGUAGGCGUGCUAUCAGCAAAAGUCGUUGUCGGUUGGGACGCUCCCAGCGUAGUCAAAGGCCCCGAAGUCGGAGGUUACAUCGUCGUCAUUUGUCCCACUGAAGACAACGAGACUGCCCUGGACGAGUCUAGUUGCCAGACAAAAAACGUGUCUGCCGAAAACACGACCGUCGACUUUGAAGAUCUUGAGAAGCUUGCCGAUUACGUCGUUAAAGUUCGGGCUUACGUGACGUACGAAGGUCGACUCAUUGAAGGUGAAUCUUCCACGGCCGUAAUGAGCACAAGUCCCUCAUCCAUUCCAACCGUCCGCAAUUUGGAGCUUACGGUCUCGAAUUCCAAUACGGUGCGAGUCACGUGGGGCGAGCCGAUCGGCCUUGAGCAUUACCGGGUCGUAUAUAACGUCAGGGUCUACUUAACCGGCAGUGAGAAGGCAAUUGUGCAGCUAGACGUCAACGAGACCGAAACAACAUUGACUGAAUUGGCCCAUUUAACUAAUUACACCGUUCGGGUAUUCGUCUGCCUGGUGAGGACGGCGAAGAGACAAUGCGGCGAACCAGGAUCGAACGACAUCCAGACACUGGCCGAUCCCAGAGAGCCAAGAAACGUUCGCGUUCACGUGAUCAACAGCACGUCGUUGUCCGUAACCUGGAACGCGCCCAGUUCCUCAAGCGGACCAGAGGAAGGCUACCAGAUCACAUGGUGGCGUACCGGCGCCAUUUCGGACGACACCACCCAAAGCCUCAACGGCACGACGUUCGUUACCGCAGACUCCGGUGUCUUCAUAAUUACUCACCUGGAGCCAUACGAGCACUACGUCGUCCAGGUCGCCAGAGGAAAUGGAGACCAAAGCGGCGCCUGGGAGGAGAGAGGAGUCCGCGUCGCUGGCCUCACAGACCCCGAGCCCAGUCCUCAACCCUCGGGGCUCACCUUUCAAGCCAUUAGCUCAAGCUCCGAAACGUCUACAGUAGCCGUUACCUGGAACCCCGCGCACCAGACCUCCGGUCCCCCACUCCAAGGAUAUGUGGUUACCAUCUGCCCUGUUCAAGACGACAGCGAACGUUCACUCGAAUCUGGUUGUCGCUCGAGAAAUACAUCUGCUGCUGAACUGACCGCGGUAUUCGAAGACCUCAAGAAGUUCACCGAUUACGACGUGGAAAUAUGGGCCUACGUUGAACAUGAUGGCCGCAUCAUCAAGGGCGAUGUGGCCACAAAAACGCUCAGCACGGAUCCACCAGACAUCCCAGCCGUGGACGACUUGAAUCUGUCACUGUCGAACCAGAGUGUAGCCCACGUGACCUGGAGUAGGCCUGCCGGUCUUGAGGAGUACAGGGUCGUGUACAACGUGAAAGUUUUCUUGAAGACCAGCGGUGAAAAAGUUUUUGAGGUCAUCGUCAACGAGACACAAGUGACCUUCUCCAACCUGACCUAUCGGACGGAUUUCACCGUACAAGUUGUAGUUUGUAUUGUGAGAACGGCACGGCGCAGCUGUGGAGGCUCGGGCAGCGUUGACUUCCAAACUUCAGAUGAUCCUAGAGAGCCAAGGAACGUUCGCGUUCACGUGAUCAACAGCACGUCAAUGACCGUUACCUGGGAUACACCGGGUCCCUCAGACGACCCAAAGGAAGGCUACCAGAUCACUUGGUGGCACGCCGGCACCACUUCGGGCGACACUACCCAAAGCCCCAACGGCACGACGCUGGUUGCCGCAGACUCCGGUGUCUUUAUAAUAACUGACUUGGAGCCGUACGAACACUACGUCGUCCAGGUGGCCAGAGGAAAUGGAGACCAAAGCAGCGCCUGGGAGGAGAGAGGAGUCCGCGUCGCUGGCCUCACAGACCCCGAGCCAAGUCCUCAACCCUCGGGGCUCACCUUCCAGGCCAUUAGCGCAAGCUCCAAAACUUCUACAGUAGCCGUUACCUGGAACCCCGCGCACCAGACCUCCGGUCCCCCAAUCCAAGGAUAUGUGGUCACCAUCUGCCCUGUUCAAGACGACAGCGAACGUUCACCCGAAUCUGGCUGUAGCUCGAGAAAUACAUCUGCUGCUGAACUGACCGCGGUAUUCGAAGACCUCAAGAAGUUCACCGAUUACGACGUGGAAAUCUGGGCCUACGUUGAACAUGAUGGCCGCAUCAUCAAGGGCGAUGUGGCCACAAAAACGCUCAGCACGGAUCCACCGGACAUUCCAGCCGUGGACAACUUGAAUCUGUCACUGUCGAACCAGAGUGUAGCCCACGUGACCUGGAGUAGGCCUGCCGGUCUUGAGGAGUACAGGGUCGUGUACAACGUGAAAGUUUUCUUGAAGACCAGCGGUGAAGAAGUCUUCGAGAUAACAGUGAACGAGACCCAAGUGGCUUUGUCCAACCUGACCUUUUGGACGGAUUUCACCGUACGAGUUGUAGUUUGUAUUGUGCGAAUUGGACGGCGAAGCUGUGGAGGCUCGGACAGCUUUAACUUCCAGACUCAGGGUGAUCCACGAGAACCAAGCAACAUUCGAGUCACUGUGAUCAAUAGCACAUCGCUCAGUGUCAGCUGGGACAAACCGAGCCUGUCUGAUGAAUCCAUGGAAGGAUAUCAAGUUACGUGGUGGAAAGCAAGUGACCACUCCAACAUCACAGAUCAGGACAACAAGACAACUUUCGUUUCAGCAGACGCCAACACGUUCAUAAUCACAGAUCUGGAGCCGUACCAGAGGUACAUCGUCCAAGUAGCGAGAGCUCACAGCUCUGCAAGUGAGACCGGAGUGACCACGGCAGGUCACUCGGAAGGUACGACGGACCCAUCACCUAAUCCACCACCAGGAGCACUUUCUCUCCAUUCAACCGGUACCUUGUUCGGUUCAUCGAACGUCACGGUCACGUGGGUACCGCCUCCGGACACUCACGGUCCCCCUGUCCAAGGCUACGUCGUCGUCAUAUGCCGCACUGACGAGGAAGUACCAAACCAGGAGACAUCCAACUGCAAAUCUACAAAUACGACAGCCACAUCGUUGACGUUGCAAGGUCUAAGCACAUUCGCCGAUUACAAUGUGGAAAUUCGAGCUUACGUCGUGCAUAACGGCCGAAUCAUCGAGGGUACACCAAAUAGAGCCAAGGUCAGCACCGACCCGGACUUCGUACCCACCAUCACCAACGUUACGCUUGACACUUCCAAUGGAACUUUCGUGCACGCCACCUGGCAGAAGCCGGCUGGACUUGAAGGCUUCCAAGUUGUGUUCAACGUGACUGUCUACGAGACGACCGACGGAGGGAUCGUACUGCUCCAAGACGUGAACAAGAGCGAGACGUACCUGACUGGCUUGAAACAGGGAGGCAAUUAUACCGUGGCCGUGUCUACGUGCCUUGUGCGACCAACCAGAAGGCGGUGUGGGGAGGCCAGCUCGACCGUCUUCCAGACAACACGAGCAGGUGCCACUCUCACCAGUUUCGAGGCUAAAGCUCUCAACAGCACGGCAUUGCUGGUGAACUGGCAACCAGCGGGUGAUCAGGAUGCACCGUCGGGAGGCUACCGAAUCACCUGGUGGAACUCGAAGAACGACACCGAGCAAAGAACUUUUGUCGGAACAGUCACCGUACCCGGCGACGCCACAAACUUCACGAUAACAGGCCUGACACCUUUCGAGACUUACUCCAUAGAAAUCGCCAAUAUCAACGGACAAGGUUCCGAUGCGUGGGAGACCAUAGCUGGAAAGGCAGAGGCUAUGACAGAUCCAGCACCAUACCCUAAACCAUGGCGUGUCACCGUGAAGCCUACGAGAUUAAAUACGACUACGUCGAGGGCCGUUAUAAGCUGGAACCCUCCGAAUGGUACGUUCGAUCCGCCGAUGCAGGGUUUUAUCCUCCGUGUCUGCCGCUUCGCGAACAAAACGGACAUCGACGAGUCCAGCUGCACGACUUCGACGACCUCUUCGAACGAUACUACGAUAACCAUCGAAGCACUGGAUAACUUUGGAGAGUACCUCGUGGAGAUACGAGCUUACGUCGAGCACGACGAUCGAAUCGUUCGAGGCAGACGAGGACUUGCACUUUUCAGUACCGAAGCCCCUCCAAUAGGAACUGUCGAGAGCCUCGGCUUCAGGGAUCUCGCGGCGACUUCUGUGUACGUCUCCUGGAAGGAGCCGGCCGAUCUCGAACGGUUUGACGUCUCUUACAACGUCACCCUCUACGCGCCCGCCUUCAUGGAGGAGGAGAGGAGGCGGUGGGCGAACGGAACUGGAAUUGUCCUGUCGAGUCUCGAGCCCUGGACCAACUACACCGUCGGGGUGUCCGCCUGUCUGGUUGGAACAACGAGGACCCAGUGUGGAAACUCCAGCCACGUCGAGUUUUCAACUCCGCCCUCUGCGCCAGGCAUACCACGGAACCUAGAAGUCACAACGACCGAGAACAGACGGACAUUGAUCUGGCAGGCACCGCUGCACUCCAACGGCCCCUUGUCGGGCUACGAGGUGUCCGUCCGAUGUUCGUUGGGCAACACCAACGUCAACAGCUCGACGUACAACAUCGACUCGACCGUCCGUUCUUUUGCCCUGAGCGACGCUGAGCCGAGAGCGUCGUGCCAGGUGACUGUGCGUGCGUACAACAUCUACAGGGACGAGGAUGACUGGCUGUACGGACCGGCCGCCCGCCUCAAGUACACCCAGCCGGUGCCGGAAGGAAUCGUCACUCCUCAGCCUAAUUAGAUAUGACCUUGGAAAUCGCUGCAAUAGCCCGCACCGCUCAAC